AUGCCAAGAGUACGACUUCGAAGUGAUGUGAACGCCGAAAGCUGGAUUUCAAGAAUGAGCCGCCAAAAAUGGACAAAACAUCAUUUUUAUGUGUUCGUUCACACUUUUAUGAGUUAUGCAAUGCUUCACGCUACUAGAAAAACCCUAUCAACUGUAAAACCUUCGCUAAUUGAAACAUGGACAAGAAAUUCGUCGACUCCUCACGGACCAUUAUUUCCAACGAAACAAUCAGCCGCCGAGUUUCUUGGUGGUCUCGAUACCGGAUUCAUGGUUGCAUAUGCCGUGGGUUUAUUCGUUUCGGGAAUUCUUGGCGAUAUUUACAAUCCCAGACGAAUGUUGGCUAUUGGCAUGUGGUUGUCCUCGAUUACGGUUCUAAACUUUGGGUUUGUAACCGAAGAAUUUCAUUUCUAUUCUCCUGCUGUCUACGCAACGCUUUGGAUAGCAAACGGACUAAUUCAAUCAAUUGCAUGGCCUGUUGAAAUCUCAAUAAUGGGUAACUGGUUUGGUCAUAAUGCACGCGGAGCAGUUAUGGGCGCAUGGUCUUCAUGUGCAAGUGUUGGAAAUAUCAUUGGGACCAUGAUUACCAGCCACUUUUUGUACAUGGGAUACCAGUUUCCAUUCCUAAUCACUUGCUCAAUUUUAUUCCUUUACGGAAUUCUCGUCUUCAUGCAAUUACCGUCUGCACCAUGGGAAGUUGGAGCACAAGAAAUACAGUCAACAAAUUUGGAAAAUAACAUUGAUGAUGAUGAUGAUGAACCAACAGAAAGACCACCACCUAUUGGAUUCUUUAAAGCAUGGCUCUUACCAGGAGUUAUUGCAUAUUCUCUCGCUUAUGCAUGCUUGAAACUAGUCAACUACGGAUUCUUCUUUUGGCUGCCGUACUAUCUGCAUAGUGGAUUGCAUUGGCCUGAAGAGUAUGCCGACAGUCUUUCCACUUGGUACGACGUUGGGGGAAUAAUUGCAGCAAUCCUUGCGGGGGCAUUUUCUGAUAAAAUGCGCUCGAGAACGCCAGUGGUAUUCGUUAUGCUCAUUUUAUCGACAUUCGCUUUAUACAUUUAUGCGCAUUCCCCACCGACUUAUAACUGGAACGCUUUUCUGCUAGCAAUAGCGGGAUUUUUCGUCGGAGGACCAGCCAACAUGAUUUCGAGCUCAAUCACAGCAGAUCUGGGCAAAUGUGAGCAGCUUUGUGGGAAUUCUGAAGCGUUGUCUACAGUAACGGGUAUUAUUGAUGGAACUGGAAGCAUUGGAGCAGCUCUCGGUCAAUGGUUCAUUCCAUCCAUUCAACUAUGGUUUGGCUGGAAUGCUAUAUUCUAUUGUUUCAUAAUUAUGAUGCUUUGCACUGCGAGUUGUCUUGCUCCCGUUCUUUGGAAAGAAAGAAAAGAACAAAUUCAUAUCCAUGAUAGAGAACAAGACGCGCUUUUGAGAGGUUCUGAUACAAGCGACGAUGAUAAUGAGGAUGAUAUGAACUCGGCUAAUAUGGCGAGUUUUGUGAUUCCGAAAAAGAAGAAGAAGAAAGUCGAAGUGGAAACAGAAAAAGAAGUCGUCGCACCACCAAAAGGACAAUUCAAAAACACGAAAGCGAUUGAUGAUGAAGCAAAAAAUUUGUUUAAAAGGUUCCAGACCUAUUUCGUGGAUAAAGAAUUUGCGCGACAUCUGAAGUGUGAAGAAUAUCGCACUAUUAAAAAUCCGUAUUUAGAAUGGAAGUUCGACGAGUUCAAGAAAUAUCUGAAAUCAAUCGGCCAAUCUGAUCAAGAAACAUUAGGAUUCCGGGAAUCUACGGGUGUCGAAGAAGAAGAAUUUAUUGCAAAAAAUGGGCUUCGAGUUGGAAGCACCAAAAUCGGAGAUAUUGGAGAUCCAGAAUACGGAGUUUAUGUGUACAAGAGCCCGGAAACUGUUAACUCGUCACUUUUCUAUUUUGAAAAAAUGAAAAUACGAGUUAUGAUGUUCAGAACAUUAAGGGGAAAACCUUACAUGGUAGGGAUAGGAUCCGGCGAAAUGGAGCCCCAAUCGGGACAUGUGUGCCAUGAGGCCACUGCUACAGAAAAUGAAAGAGGAAUGAAUAAGCGAAAAUUGGAUCACGCACUCGCAGCAACAUAUCACUAUGAAUUUAAGCCUGAUGGAAUGAGCACCUACAAAUUCCCAGCGGGCGUUCUUCCAGUCGCCGUCAUCGUUUUCAGUUUGGAGCCGAACUCACGCGUGAAAUCGCCUUUAGUAUCCUUGAAAUACCCGUGUUUUGAAUUGCAUCAAGUUCCGCUGGACGAGCCGAUUCUUUUCAAAAAUUCCGCAUUCAACAACAUUCCGAUCAACUUUUAUUCUCCGCUUCGUUUCGCCGAGGUUCCAAAUGGACUUUUCUCCAUCGAGUUUCCACAAAAUCCGUUCUUCCCAAUUCGAAAACUUGACACUAUCGAUGAGAUCAAUGUUCUGCGAAAUGAAAAAUUCGGAUCAUUAAUUACAUCGUUGGAAGUUUAUCUUCCAAGAAAUGAAAAAUCCCGAGAAAAAUUCGCAUCGUAUAGCGUUAUAAAACCUGCGAAAACCGAAGAUUCGCGAUUUAAACAACUUAUCAAAUCGAUGAGGCUUCAAGGAGCGUUUAUUAUGGGAAUGGAUUAUUUGGAGACAAUGCACAUCAUGUUUCCUUCUGGAGAGGUUGCAACGUCGUUAGGAAUUCCAUAUAAAGAUGAUGUUCUUCAUGUGGUUUCUAUCGCAAAUUAUAAUUUAUUUAUUGUGGACUUCGAUAUUUCUGCGCAUGCGGAUAUGGGAGGCAAAUACGCGCAGCAAAAUUUCACGUCCGACGUUGAAUUGCGAGUAGAUGAUUGGUUUGAAGAAGCACACGAAGAUUAUUUUUCGGAAAAGGAGAAACUUGCUUCUUCUGAUGAAUUCGUUCUAAAUGUGCUGAACCAACAAAACUCGCCGACCAACGAUUCGUUGAAAUACUUUGUCCCACUUCCACCUGCAGGGAAGAGCAUUUUGUAUAAAGGACCUAUUAUCGACGACAGCUGUAACCAAUUGGAAGAUGUAGCCAAUGGGCGAAAACCAAAACGAAGACCCGAAUUCCGAGUUCGAUGGGCUGCCAAUGUUGUUGAUAAUGACAAUAAACAAAAAAAUGUGAAGUUAUUGGAAAAGGAAAAAGAAGAGAGGCGUCCCAUGAGCGACAGUGAGCGCGAACAUAUGAUUGAGGGAAACAAUAUCUUUAAAAUGGCAUUAGCCGCAACAACAUCUCAAACUCCUUCAACUUCUACUGGAAUGCCAUCACCACCAUUAUCAAAUGGUAUGAAAUACGACUAUUCGCCAUUGAAUAUCGGAUCGAGACCAUCAUUCGAAUUUCCAAAAUUGAAACCGCAUCCUGGAAGUUCUGGAGAACAUCAGAACCAAAAAUCGUUUAGCGUCAUAAGAUCUUUGCCACUCCCACCGACGGCCAGAAUUUCAACUGUUAAUGAAAACUCUGAAUUUGCAAAUGCAUAUAACGUUGAAAGUUCCAUUAGUACGCCGAAAAUUGAUGAAACAAGUCAAGGAGAUAAGAUCUACGAUGAUGAUAUUCCAACAUUUCCACAGGAGAGUGAUGAUGAGCAAGAGAAUAUGGAGAUUGAUGAAAGUGAGAAGAGUGAGAAAACACCAGCUGAGCCGGAGCCCCAACCACAACCAGUUCGUCCGGAAGAGAACGACAUUUUGAACUUCUGUCUUUCUUCAUCUCGCCCUACCGAAUCUUCGAGCUCAGAGAGUCUUCUCAACGUAUUGAAUUUACGACCAAGUACUUCCAAAGAUCGAGAUUUUCGACCAAAAGAUCGUGAUGAUCGUCGGGAGAAGUCUGAAAGACGUGAUAGAGACGAUCGUUUUGAUCGGAGGGAUCGGGAUGAUCGUCGGGAUCGAAGUCGACGGUUCCGGUCGAAAAGUCGAUCACGAUCGCGUUCGAGGGAACGAGAUCGCGAAAAGGAACGCGAGCGAGCUCGUGAUAAAGAUGAGCGGAUAGUUGGUCCUCCGAGACUUGUUGAAAUUCCGGUGCCGGCGAAUUCGCAAGAUCUCAAAAAGAAAAUGAUUGAGAAUCAACUACAAGAAAAAUUAAGAAAGAAUGGAAAAGAUAUUGACAAUAAAUUGGAGAUUCAUCAACCAAGAGCACUCCCGAAUAUUGUGCAAGCAUCAUCAUUCCAACCGCGUGUGAACUUUUUCAACAGCACCCCAGGUCCGCCGAAUCCAAUUCGAAAGCCAUCGAAUGAAAUUCGCGAGAAAACUCCCGACGAUUUUGAAUCGCCGGCGUCUCCGCCACCCAAUAUGGUCACAAUAUCGGCACCGGCGCCGCCUAUUGAAGAAGUUCAUGAAAUCGAGGAGCCAGAUGAGCUAAGACAUUCAUUCGUGCCGGCGACGAUAUUGCCAAAAGCGCCAGUUCUUGUGCCCACAGAUGGACUUGAUGGUUGGGAAACAAAAUUUAAUUCGCAGAAUACGCAACAAAUGGAGGGCGGAGAGGCCUCCGUGAAACAAUCGCCACCGAAGAGGAAACCACGCAAACCAUUCGAUCAUGAUUCUGCCAAUAGUGCUGUGAGCUCUUUGAAACAAGCGGAUGAUUGCUGGAUGAACGCGAUCAACAAAAAGACAACGGCUGGAAAAAGAGUUGAUGAAGAAGAAGAAGGCGAAAUAAAAAGCGACGAGGAAGGCGAUGGUCAUGGAAGCAAGAAAAAUAAAAAUGACAUUCAAAUAAUUGAAGAAGAUGACGAUAUUAAAAUUAUUGAAAGUGUUUCUACAUCAAACGAUGUUCCCAAUAUUUCGCAAGAUCGCGAUGAUCGGAAGCAGCGGAAGAGUCGAUUCGAUGCGCCACCUGCUGUUGCUUCUCAGCCGGUAGCCGGUUCAGUGUUCUUCCGCAAUCUUGCCGGGCCAUCGUCAUCUCAAACGGCUAGGCCGACGGCAUCUUAUAAUCCUGCUCUACAGAGCAAGCAGUUCUUCUUGAGACCGCCGUUCGGUGCGCCGCCAGCUCAACCGCCGAGAAUAUCGAAUUCGCGAUUUGGAGGUCCGCCGAUUCCACCGCCAUAUGGAAUGCGGACGACGUUUCCGACAUUAGGAAUGCCAUCGGCUUCUUCACAAGUGAAGCAAAUCAAGUUGAUAGUGAUGGUCGAUUCGAUGAUGUUCAAUCGGGCGAUCAUGGCUCCUGAACUUUUUAAAGCAUUGGCUGAUAGCCUCCGAGCUCUUAUUGUGCAAGGCAACAUAAUCAAAAUGCUUGUGCACAAACAUAUUAAUGAUGCAAUGGAGCGCGGAAACGAGACCCAAGUGAUCUACCGCAAUAUUAUCAUCUGCCAUUUCAACUGCCUCAUUAAUAUUAUGCCUGAACAUUUAUGUGACAUGAACUCGAUCAGAUCGGUUAAGGAUACUCUGCGUUGCCUUACAACAUGUUCUCGACAAUACCCCGACUAUGAGCUAAUAUAUUUAUCUAAUUUCUGCCCGAAACCUGAAGUCAGCCGAAGUCUUCUUGAGAUCGGAGUUCACGUUCAGAAGCUUGAUGCUUUGAUGGACUAUAUUCGGAGAUUGCAAUAA